AUCACAAGAAUAUAAAUUAUAACUCUUAAAGAUCAUUACAUUUUAAGUUGAUCAAAAUUAUGUGCAAAUGAGGGUUUAAUCGCCUCUUAGAUCGUAUUGCUUAAGAUUUUUCUCUCUAGUUUUCAGAGUAUUUUCCUUUUUUCCCUAAUGAAUCAGUAAGGCCAUGGUUAAUGGUUUGCAUGCAGAAAGGGUCAACUAGUUGGCCCGGACUAUUUUAUCACCCAAUGAUUGAUUUUCUCAUACAAUGUAUCAAAACGACGUGGAAACAUUAUUUUUCCGAUUAGCCUUUUGCAGUUUUAAGCCUUUCUACAAUUAUUUGAUUCCAACAAGCUCUAUUAUACAAUCUACAUGCAUGUCGUGCAACCAACUAUGACUGUUUAUAAGUUUCAUGCAUAUAUUCGACAAUAAAAAACAAGUUACCUAUCCCUUAUAAAAACGCCAUUAAGCGAUGCUCCUAAUUCUAUCAUCCAGUACUCAUCUAUUUCUUUUCCCAGCAUUGGAACUUCGAACAACUACUACACAAUGGAUUUGAACCAUUUCUUCUCAUAUGCUAGCUCUUUGCUACUCUUGGCAGUAAUGGUAGUUAUGGUUUCUGGGCAGUAUGAGAAACCCAGUUUGGGUAAGGAGAAGUUACUAUCAACCAUUGUGGGUAUUCAGGGCAUUGUAUAUUGCAAAUCAGGCCGCAAAGUCACUCCUCUUGAAGGAUCGGUGGCAAGGAUAACAUGCAAGACUGUAGAUGAGAAUGGAUUUGAGGCUGCACCAAUCACCAUUUUGAGUGAUGCAACUGAUGCAAAGGGUUACUUCCUUGCAACCAUAUCUCCUUUUGAGAUUCAGAACAAGAAGAAGAAGCUGACACAGUGCAAAGCUUCUCUUGAACUCUCUCCACUAGAUUCUUGCAAUGUUCUCACAGAUGCAAACAACGGAAUCAGUGGCGCUCUACUCACUUCAUAUCAUCUCCUCCCUGAGAAGAACAUGAAGUUAUUUACUGUAGGGCCUUUCGUCUGCACAUCAGAAACUAAACCAGUCGAUAAUGGUUACUAGACACAAUACAAUAGCAACAUUGAGUUGCUAAAGUUAGCAGUCCUAGAACAAAUGUACCAAGAUUGAUUUGUUCUAGUCAAUAGAUGAAGCAUAAAGAUCCCUUCAUAAAGGU